AGGAACUGCUACUACGUAAUGCUCACAGCUCUCCACAUGCCAGUGGCUCCAACGUUUAUCUUCCAACACAGCGUUCGGUCCUACAUAACUUCCAACUCGUGUCCAUUCACGCAGCAUUACUUCGCGCGAGCAUGGCGGCCCCGAUACUCAACCCAACAAAUGGUUCAUCUCCCACAAUGGCGUCGUCGCUCCCGCAAGAAGUUACAGCCUGUCUUCAGAAUGCACGUUUCCUUCAUCUCGCAACAUCUGCCGACAAUAUACCUCACGUAUCCCUCAUGAACUAUACCUACCUUCCUGCAAAUUCCUCGCCCUUCAAUAGGUCACCGGCCAUAAUCAUGACCACACAACCUUCUAGCACAAAGACGUCGAAUCUCGCCUCAAACCCACGAGUGUCUCUGCUUGUCCACGAUUGGGUCUCACAUCGACCCCCAACCCUUCCCGAAUCCACUGCGUCAGGUGGCUCAGCACUUACUGCACUUCUACAAAACUUAAACACCGCCUCCCUGAGUCGAAUAAGUGCGACGAUAAACGGCACUGCUGAGUUACUUGAAGGAGGUAGCGAGAAGGAAGCAUGGUUCCGCAAAAAGCAUAUCGAAAACAACACAUUUGGACCAAGCUCCGAAAGCCAAGCACAGGCCGCGCUAGGCUUAUUCUCGAGCAGCCCGUCGGAUGUGAGUGGAUCAUUAGGUGAUGAUUCUGGAGAUGGUGAUGGAGGGAAGAAACACUAUGUUGAAGGAAGUGAGACGAGAGUCGUGCUAGUCACUAUCAAGGAUGGCCGGGUGAGCGAUUGGAAAGGAAGUGUACAAGACUGGAAAGUAGAGGAACCACUCAUGAAUGGUACGUGAGAGAACGUGUCUAUUAAUGUGCGGCUGCUAUGGCAGUCAGCACCAAAACACGAGAUGCCUUAACAGGACAAGAGUAUUACCGUAAAAUCGCCGAAUCACUCUUCGAAUCCAACAAAUGCCAGCAUCUACUCAGGCUUCAUCGCUUGCGUUGUCAUACUGCGUAGGACAGAGACACAGUCAAUAGCAUAUGUUGCUGCAUGACCACUUCUAUUUAUUGCGCCCAAUGAGUGACGCUCUGCUCUAUAACACAGUUCGAUCGGGCGGUUUGUGCAUGGGAGUAAUGUAUUAUAUCACCAAAGACUCUUUGUUCUGAAUCUGCUAUCAAUGUAAAGCUCUCCCCAUUGCGCACAUUCCUUGCUAUGGUACUUUGGACUAGGAUAAGUUACCGGGGUGAUCCCUUCAUCUGCUCACUC